GGGAGGGGAGGGCUGAUGAUGAUGGAGCUAAGAUGGCAGCCCUGCUGAGGGUGCUGCCUCUUCGGGGUCAAGAAAUAGGAAUGAAACUGAAACACGACACGUUUGGUCAUGAGAUAUGUCUUUUCUGCUCGUUUACAACAUUUUCCUCUGUAGCUUGAGACUUUUUAGGGGAGAAGCACCGUCUCGUCUCUGUGGUGCGCUCGCUUCGGAAGACCUUUAGCAACACCAUCCAAAAGGCUACAAUUUGCGCUUAUUACAACUGAGAACUGUGGAUGCUAAUUGUGGCAUUUCUGCUGCUUGGAUGGAACAAUGUUGUGACAUGUGACGGAUCUGAUGACAUGUGGAUUGCAUCUAAUGGCUAGAUAUCUGGCUGUUGUAUCUUCUGUGUGAUAUAUGCAUUGUUCUGCAAAACGAUGAUGUGUGCCGCUGCGGUGGCGGCCGGUGCUGGAGGGGUCCUGCCCUCCUUAUCGCCUUCGAUGGGGCUGGGUGUCAGGGUCAUUUCUGGUGUAGGAUCCGAUCUCUCCAGCAUCGGUUCGGGAAUGGGUUCUUGCCCGACACCCGGAGCCCAGUCGGAUUGUCGGACUCGGUACCAGCUUUUACUCUCAGGACGAGCCCUAGCGGAAAGAUACAGACGGAUUUAUACAACCGCCAUCAACGAUAAAGAGCAAGGGAUAAAUCAAGGAAGGGGAAAGAAGGCUUUGAGUAAGAAAAAAUUGAAAAGGCGACAAAAGGUCAAGUCAAAAGUCAAGUCAAGAACAAAGGCCGAGAGUCUAGAUGGAGCCCUGUUUGUGCCGGAUAUCAAACUGCACAGCAACCCAUCUGCCUUUAAUGUUUACUGCAACGUGCGGCACUGUGUGCUGGACUGGCAGCAGAAAGAGGCCUCCCUCGUGCUGGCCUCUAGGACCUCGGUGCAGAGCGGCGAUUCGGACAGCGAGGAGGAGGAGGAGUACCGCGAGCCAGCCGUGAAGCUUCCAAAGAUCAUUGGCAUCGGCCUGUGUGGUGUUUUCGAGCUGAUUAAAGAGACACGCUUCUCUCACCCGUUACUGUGCCUGCGCAGCCUGCAGGCUCUGUUGGACAUGCUGCAGGGACAACAACCAGAAGGGUUCCAGACUGAGCCACCUGAUGUUCUAGAGUCUCUUUUCCAGCUGUUGUUGGAGACCACGGUCCGGAGCACAGGGCCUAAUGACCCAACAGGACAGGAGAUCACUGCGCUGUCCUGUGCAUGCCUCUUCAGUCUCGUCGUUGCUUGGGGAGACACGGGCAAAAUCCUGCAAGCCGUCUCCGCCAUUCUCACUAAUAAUGGCAGCCAUGCCUGUCAGAUAAUACAGGUCCCCACUAUACUGAACGCACUACAGAGGAGUGUGCAGGCAGUCCUGGUUGGCAAGAUCCAGAUCCAGGAUUGGUUUGGAAAUGGCAUCAAACGCGCCGCUUUGAUGAACAAAUGGGUCCUGAAGGAAGUGACCAUCGAUGAUGAUGAACGCUGUCUUCUACAGACUGAUGGUUCCUUUCUGUAUUUGCUCUGCAAAGAUGGACUCUACAAAGUUGGAUCUGGAUAUAGUGGCACCGUCAGGGGCCACGUGUACAACUCCACAUCUCGGGUCAGGAAUCGAAAGGAGAAAAGGUCGUGGCUUGGCUUUGCUCAGGGGUAUUUGUUGUACCGGGACACAAGUAACCACAGCAUGUCGGCGGUCAAGAUCAACCCUGAGACUCUGGAGCACGAGGGAGUGGUCACCAUGCCAGGUCAACAUUCAGAUGGACAGAACAUCAUCUUUACAGAUGGAGAGUACAUCAAUCAGAUAGCCGCCUGCAAAGACGACGGUUUUGUUGUGCGGAUCUACACCAUGAGUUCAGACCCGGCCCUGCAGCAGGAACUGCAGCUGAAGCUGGCAAGAAAAUGUCUGCAUGCCUGUGGCAUUUCUCUCUUCGACCUUGAAAAAGACCUACACAUCAUCAGCACUGGCUUUGAUGAAGAGGCAGCAUUGAUUGGAGCUGGCAGGGAGUUUGCUCUGAUGAGGAGCGCCUCGGGAAAGAUCUACUACACUGGGAAGUACCAGAGCUUGGGAAUAAAGCAGGGUGGCCCAUCGUCAGGAAAAUGGGUGGAACUACCCGUCACAAAGUCUCCAAAGAUUGUUCAGUUCUCUGUCGGCCAUGACGGUUCUCAUGCCCUUCUGGUGGCUGAAGAUGGAGGGGUGUUCUUCACCGGGUCUGCCAGCAAAGGAGAGGAUGGAGAGUCCACUAAAAGUCGCAGACAGCCGAAGCCAUACAAGCCCAAAAAGAUAAUCAAAUUAGAGACAAAAACAGCUGUAUAUACGGCGUGCAACAAUGGCAGCAGCAGCGUCGUUACAAAGGAGGGGGAGCUCUUCAUGUUUGGAAAAGAUGCCAUUUAUAGUGACAGCACCUGCCAGGUAACAGACCUCAAAGGUCAUGUUGUAACUCAGGUGGCCAUGGGGAAGGCUCACACUUGUGUUCUGACCAAGAACGGGGAGGUGUGGACAUUUGGGGUGAAUAACAAGGGCCAGUGUGGCAGGGACACUGGAGCCAUGAGCCAGGCAGGGAAGGCAUUUGGUGUCGAGAACAUGGCCACAGCUAUGGAUGAGGACUUGGAGGAUGAGCUAGAGGAGAAGGAAGAGAAGAGCAUGAUGUGCCAGCCUGGCAUGCACAAGUGGAAGCUGGACCAGUGCAUGGUGUGCACUGUGUGUGGAGACUGCACCGGCUACGGCGCCAGUUGUGUCAGCAGCGGGCGGCCGGACCGAGUUCCAGGAGGCAUCUGUGGCUGCGGGUCCGGAGAGUCUGGCUGCUCGGCGUGUGGUUGUUGCAAAGCUUGUGCCAGGGAGCUCGAUGGCCAAGAGGCCAGGCAGAGAGGUAUCUUUGAUGCUGUGAAGGAGAUGAUUCCACUGGAUCUGCUGCUAGCUGUGCCUGUCCCUCCCCCUCCAGGAGUGAACAUCGAAGAGCACAUUCAGAUCCGCCAGGAGGAGAAACGCCAGAGAAUCAACCGCCGGCAUAGGCUGGAGGAGGGAAGAGGCCCCCUUGUUUUUCCUGGUCCCGUUUUUAUGAACCAGCGUGAGCAGGCCCUAGCCAGAAUUAGACCCCUUCAGGCACUAAGGCAUAAACGGGACAAGCACAAAGAUGGAAGCAGUGAACGUGGAGAGAAGGACGCCAGCAAAAUCACCACCUACCCUCCAGGGGCCGUGAGGUUUGACUGUGAGCUUCGAGCUGUUCAAGUCAGCUGUGGAUUUCACCACUCGGUGGUGCUGAUGGAGAACGGAGAUGUCUACACCUUUGGUUAUGGCCAACACGGACAACUUGGACAUGGAGAUGUCAACUCCAGGGGCUCUCCAACUCUUGUGCAGGCCCUUCCGGGGCCAAGUGUCCAGGUGACAGCAGGCAGUAACCACACAGCGGUCCUCCUAAUGGAUGGGCAGGUCUUCACAUUUGGCAGCUUCUCGAAAGGGCAGCUGGGCAGGCCCAUCCUGGACAUGCCCUACUGGAAUGCCAAGCCGUCACCUAUGCCCAAUAUCGGUGCCAAAUAUGGACGAAAGGCUACCUGGAUCGGCGCCAGCGGAGACCAGACAUUCCUGCGGAUUGACGAGGCUCUUAUUAACUCCCAUGUUCUUGCUACUUCAGAGAUCUUUGCCAGCAAACACAUCAUUGGGCUGGUGCCCUCCUCUGUGUCGGAGCCACCUCCAUUUAAAUGCUUGCUCAUCAACAAAAUGGAUGGAAGCUGCAGGACUUUCAAUGAUUCUGAGCAGGAGGACCUGCAGGGCUUUGGCCUUUGUCUGGACCCAGUUUAUGAUGUCAUAUGGAGGUUCCUGCCUGCCUCUACGGAGAUGUGGUGCUACAACGCGGUCAUUGCUGAUGCUAGGAUUCCUUCUGCAACUGAUCUACAAGCUCGCUGUAGCAUCCUCAGUCCAGAGCUGGCACUGCCCUCAGGAUCACAUGCAACCACCACUCGCUCUCAUGGAGCCCUGCACAUCCUUGGUUGCCUUGACACAUUGGCAGCCAUGCAGGAGCUAAAAAUGGGUGUAACCAGUGCAGAAGAAGAGACCCAGGCAGUGAUGAAGGUCUACUCCAAGGAGGACUACAGCGUCGUCAACCGCUUUGAGAGCCACGGUGGUGGUUGGGGCUACUCGGCCCACUCUGUGGAGGCUAUCCGCUUCUGUGCUGAUGCAGACAUCCUGCUGGGAGGGUUGGGCCUCUUUGGGGGGCGGGGGGAGUACACCGCCAAGAUCAAGCUUUUUGAGUUGGGGCCUGACGGAGGGGACCACGAGACCGACGGUGACCUCCUAGCUGAGACCGAUGUUCUAGCGUAUGAUUGUGCGGCCAGGGAGAAAUACGCCAUGAUGUUUGAUGAGCCGGUGCUGCUGCAGCUUGGAUGGUGGUAUGUGGCGUGGGCCCGGGUGUCUGGACCCAGCAGUGACUGUGGUUCCCAUGGACAGGCAACCAUCACCACUGAUGAUGGUGUGGUAUUUCAGUUCAAGAGCUCUAAAAAGUCAAACAACGGUACAGAUGUCAACGCCGGUCAGAUACCUCAGCUGCUUUACAGACUUCCUUCAAAUGAUGGCAAUGCAUCUAAAGGGAAGCAGCAGAGCAGCGAACCUGUCCACAUCCUUAAACGCUCGUUUGCUCGUACCGUCUCAGUGGAGUGUUUUGAGUCUCUGUUGAGUGUCCUUCACUGGAGCUGGACCACCCUGGUUCUGGGUGUUGAGGAGCUCCGAGGCCUGAAGGGUUUCCAGUACACAGCCACCCUGCUGGACCUGGAGAGGCUGCGCUUUGUCGGCACGUGCUGCCUCCGCCUGCUCCGGGUCUACAUCUGUGAGAUCUUCCCUAUUGCUGCCAGCACAAAGGCUGUGGUGGAGGAGUCCAGCAAGCUGGCGGAGUGUGUGGGAAAGACACGCAGCCUGCUGAAGAAGAUCCUGUCAGAAGGCAUGGACAACUGCCUGACUAAGCUGGAUAAUGACCCUCAGGGCUACCUGUCUCAGCCACUUACCUUGCUGGAAGCUGUGCUGCAGGAGUGCCACAACACCUUCACUGCUUGCUUUCACUCCUUUUACCCCACUCCAGCUCUUCAGUGGGCUUGUCUCUGCGAUCUGCUCAACUGCCUAGACCAGGACAUUGCCGAGGCCAACUUCCGCACAUCCAGCAGCCGACUGUUGGCAGCUGUAAUGUCGGCUCUGUGCAACACCUCGGUGAAGCUGACCUCCAUCCUGCCCAUUGCAUAUGAUGGAGAGGUGCUGCUGCGUUCACUGGUCAAACAAGUCAGCACGGAGAACGACUCUGCUCUGGCUCACCGCUUCCCCCUGCUCGUGGCCCAUAUGGAGAAACUGAGCCAUACGGAGGAGAACCUGAUGGGCAUGACCAGUUUCCGGGAAGUCCUUGAGAAAAUGCUGGUGAUUGUGGUACUUCCAGUGCGAAAGAGCUUGAGGAAGGAAGUGGAGCUGUUCUCUCCUCAUUUGGUGUCCAAUACCUGCGGGUUGCUGGCCUCGAUUGUCUCCGAGCUGACUGCAUCGGCCAUGGGCUCCGAGGUUGAUGGUCUGAACUCGCUCCACUCUGUGAAAGCUUCUCCCAACCGCUUCACCAAAACGAGCCAGGGACGCAGCUGGAACACGGGCAACGGCUCCCCAGAUGCCAUCUGUCUAACGGUGGACAAGCCAGGCAUCGUUCUGGUCGGCGUCUGUGUCUACGGGGGAGGGGGCAUCCACGAGUAUGAACUAGAGGUGCUUGCUGAUGAUGCACAGACGGAACACCCGGGCGACUCGGCACACUCUCACAGAUGGACGUCUCUGGAGUUGGUGAAAGGCACCUACAGCACUGAUGAUUCUCCCAGUGAUAUAGCAGAAAUUCGCCUGGAUAAAGCUGUACCACUCAAGGAAGGGGUCAAAUACGCCGUCAGAUUGCGUAACUACGGCAGCAGAACGGCUAACGGAGAUGGAGGCAUGACCACGGUACAGUGCUCUGAUGGUGUAUCGUUCACCUUUAGCACUUGCAGCUUGAGUAGCAAUGGAACCAACCAGACCAGAGGUCAGAUCCCACAGAUUCUUUAUUACAGGAGCGAGUAUGAUGGGGACCUCCAGUCUCAGCUGCUCAGCAAAGCCAACGAGGAGGACAAAAACUGCAGCAGAGCUCUGUCUGUGGUCAGUGCUGUGGUCAGAGCUGCUAAGGACCUUCUUCACAGGGCAUUUGCAGUUGAUGUGGAUGACAUUCCAGAGCUUUUAAGUUCCUCCAGCCUCUUCUCCAUGCUCCUGCCCCACAUUCUGGCUUACAUCGGCCCUGUUGCUGCUUCUGUGCCCAAGGCUGCCGUCGAGGUCUUUGGGCUUGUUCAAGAGUUGCUACCUGCGGUCUCUGCCCUUAACCAAAAAUAUGCCCCACCCACAUUCAACCCCAACCAGUCAACUGACAGCACCACCGGCAACCAGCCUGAGCAGGGCCUGUCGGCAUGCACCACCUCGAACCACUACUCUGUGAUUGAGAGCGAUCAUCCUUACAAACAAGCCGGUGUGACCCAGCACAGGGUAUCAUUUCCAGACUGUGUUCGUUGGACCACCAUCGAGUUUGAUCCACAGUGUGGCACUGCUCAACCAGAGGAUGUGCUUCGUCUGCUCAUCCCUAGCCGCACGCUGCACCUGUCCAACUUAGGAGGCAAACCUCUGAUCCAUGACACCAUCAACACCUGGACUGAGCUCAAGAAGUUCUCAGGCUCCACGGGUUGGCCAACCACUGUUCUUGUCCUCCCAGGAAACGAAGUUCUCUUCUCUCUGGAAACAGCCUCAGAUUAUGUGAAAGAUGAGAAAGCCUGCUUCUACGGCUUCAAGUGUGUAGCUAUUGGAUACGAAUUUAAUCCAGGUCCAGAUGAGGGGAUCAUCCAGCUAGAAAAAGAGCUGGCGUUCCUCGGCAGCGUGUGCGCUGCAGCUCUGAUGAAGAAGGAUCUGGCCCUCCCUAUUGGCACUGAACUGGAAGAAGAUCUUGAGAUUCUUGAGGAAGCAUCUCUUCAGGUGUGUAAAGCCCACUCAGGGAUUCUGGGGAAGGGUCUGGCCCUGUCCCACUCUCCUACCAUCCUGGAAGCCUUGGAGGGGAAUCUGCCUCUGCACCUCCAAACCAACGAACACUCUUUCCUCGAAGACUUCAUCACCUGUGUAGCAAACUCAAGUGGAGGGCGUCUGGCCAGAUGGUUGCAGCCCGACUCCUACGCAGAUCCUCAGAAGACGGCUCUGAUUCUGAACAAGGAUGAUAUACGCUGUGGAUGGCCAGCCACUGUGGUCGUUCAGACUAAAGACCAGUAUGGAGACGUGGUGCAUGUUCCCAACAUGAAGGUGGAAGUGAAGGCAGUCCCUGUUUCCCAGAAGAAGUCAGUUCAGACUGAUAAUGUAAAGAAGCUGCAGAGACUACCUGGAAGCUCCUCCCCUUCUUCCUCUGGUCCAGACCUUACCUUCGGAGGUCUGCCGGUGCCUAAGCUGGAGGCCACAUACGAGCCUGUGAUUGUGAAAGAAGCACGAUACAUUGCCAUCACCAUGAUGAAGGCAUAUGAAAGUUACUCUUUUGAAGAGCUGCGCUUUGCUUCUCCAACCCCAAAGAGGCCCAGUGAAAACAUGUUAAUCCGUGCCAACACUGAUGGAACCUAUAGCGCCAACUGGACUCCAGGGGCAGUCGGCCUCUAUACCAUCCACGUCACCAUCGAUGGCAUUGAAAUAGAUGCCGGUUUGGAGGUAGAAGUCAAAGACCCCCCUAAAGGUAUGAUACCACCUGGAACUCAGAUGGUCAAACCGAAGGCAGAACCUCAGCCUAGCAAGGUCCGCAAAUUUGUGUCCAGGGACAGCGCAGGCCUCCGUGUGCGUAGUCACCCCUCCUUGCAGAGUGAACAGAUAGGCACAGUGCAUGUCAAUGGCACCAUCACUUUCACUGACGAGAUCCACAAUGAUGAUGGUGUUUGGCUCAGGCUCAAUGAUGAAACAGUAAAGAAGUAUGUUCCCAGCAUGAAUGGUUACACAGAAGCCUGGUGCCUCUCUUUUAAUCAGCACCUGGGCAGGAACCUACUGGUCCCAGCAGAAAAUGUCUUUAACGCUAGCCAAGGAGUCAGGGAUAUCGCCUUUUUGUCAUGGACCCCCUUAACUAUAUUCCCACCAAAGGAGGUCAGGGGCCAGUCUGAAGAGAACGUAAAGGAGGUGAGCAGCUGCCCUUCCCAUGAGGCUCCCGUUGGGGUGCAAAACAGGGCAGGGCAGGCGGGCGGCCCGGGCCUUUAUAAGGUAGUGAAGACCGGCCCCUCUGGUCACAACAUCAGAAGCUGCCCAAACCUUAGGGGUAUCCCCAUUGGAAUGUUAGUUCAUGGCAACAAGGUCAAGGCCGUAGGCGAGGUGGUCAACUCAGAGGGAACCUGGGUGCAGCUGGAUAAGAACAGUGUAGUGGAGUUCUGUGAGAGUGACGAAGGAGAAGCUUGGUCACUGGCUAGAGACCAUGGUGGGAACCAGUACCUUCGUCACGAUGAUGAACAAGCGUUAUUAGAGCAUGGGAAUCAGACUCCACCACCUAGCCCCUUCUCUGUGCAAGCCUUCGGCAGAGCCACAACCUCAAACGGAGCUCAGGGUUUCGACUAUGGCAUCUCCAACAACAAAGGUGACCGGUUAAGUGCCAUACUGAAUUCCAUUCAGUCUGGGCCCUUCCUCUCAGCAGAUCCCUCCUCCUCCUCUUCCUCCACAUUUGAGCAAGCUGCCCAACCUCCCUCCUCUUCCUCUUCCUCCUCCUCCUCCCUUGUCAACAGCCCAUUUGUGUUUGGACAGUCCCCCUCCCAAGUGUCUCAGCCACAACCACAGCUUCUGAAUGGUUCAUCACGCAGCCUUGCUUCUCGUGAGCGUGUGCACAAAAGCAGUGUGUCGGUGGCUGGUCAUGGUAGCGCUCUUUCAUCUCUCGCUCUGAGGCAAAAGGGUGAACGAGGGAACCUGAUGUCAUGCACACGGUCUGCGUCCCAAUCCACUAAACAUCGUCAGGAGAAUCGCUCGCCCAAACAGGAAGGUCGAGGAAGCCGCUCAUCUGAGCAGGGCAGGGUCAAAACGAAUGAGGGGGGGCUCUCGGCCAGCGACGCCCUCAUCCUGCGUUCGGACACGGCCAAGCUGAGGACAGACUCCCACAGCCGCUCCCACUCACCCAACCACAACACCCUUCAGGCUCUCAAAGCAGAUGGUAGAACAUCCGGAGUUCGAUCCGAGUCCCCAAAUUCUGGCUCUCGCUCCUCGUCCCCCAAACAGAAAGGCGUAUCCCCAUCCGGCCGGUCUAGUCCCUCCAGCACCUCCUCCCAGCUCUCUUCUAUAUCACAUCAUGACAAGAACCUCCCUCCUAAAGCCAGUCCUUCCUCCAAAGCACAGCUUGAUCCUCCAAGAGAACGAUCCAAGUCGGACUCAUACACUCUGGACCCAGACACGCUCAGAAAAAAGAAAAUUCCCCUUACAGAGCCACUAAGAGGUAGAUCUACCUCCCCUAAAUCCAAACUGUCUCCUAAAGAUCCAAAUAAAGACGUGAUCGGUAAUACAGAGAACCGCGUUCCUUCUCCUCAUGUGACCCAAGAGAACCUCCAUAGCGAGGUGGUGGAGGUCUGCACUUCUAGUGCUCUCUUGUCUAAUGAGGACGUCAAUGAUGAGAAUGUGGAGGUCCUUAAUAAUGAAGACGACUCGUGUAAGGUGCACUUUAGCAUUGGCAAGGCCCCCGUCAAAGAGGAACUAGAGAGCCGCUCAUCACCCAAAGUCAGCCGCAAAACCUCAAGUCGACACGCUCGACCUAAGAAAGACAAAUCAGGACCUCUGUUCAAAGGCGAAAGUACGUCAAGGAUCAUAGAGCCCGCUAAGCAGGCCAUGUCUCCCUCUGUGGCUGAAUGUGCCCGUGCAGUUUUUGCUUCUUUCCUGUGGCAUGAGGGUAUUGUCCACGAUGCCAUGGCCUGCUCCUCCUUCCUCAAGUUCAACCCUGACCUCACCAAAGAGCACGCUCCGAUUCGCAGUUCCGUGGGAGGGCAGGGGGCUGAGGAGAAAGAAAGCAAACUAAAGAACCGCCACUCUCUGGAGAUUUCCUCUGCACUUAAUAUGUUUAACAUCGCCCCACAUGGUCCGGACAUCUCAAAGAUGGGCAGCAUCAACAAAAACAAAGUUUUAUCAAUGCUGAAGGAGCCUCCACUGCCGGAGAAGUGUGAAGACGGAAAAGGAGAGGCAGCGUCCUAUGAGAUGGCCUCUCACCCUUCUUUGAGGCCAAAGUCAGUUUUACCACUAACUUUACAGCACUUGGUGGCAUUCUGGGAGGACAUUUCAAUGGCCACCAUUAAGGCAGCAACCCAGAACAUGAUCUUCCCCAGCCCAGGCUCCAGCGCCAUCUUAAAAAAGAAGGAACACGAAAAAGACAGCAAGAAGGCAAAGAAGGAGAAAAAGAAACGGGAGAAGGCUGAGGUGCGUCCGAGGGGCAAUCUGUUUGGAGAGAUGGCUCAGCUCGCCAUGGGAGGACCGGAGAAAGACACCAUCUGUGAGCUGUGUGGGGAAUCACACCCUUACCCUGUCACCUACCACAUGAGACAGGCUCAUCCUGGCUGCGGCCGUUACGCCGGAGGCCAGGGAUACAACAGUAUCGGCCACUUCUGUGGUGGUUGGGCCGGAAACUGUGGAGAUGGAGGCAUAGGAGGCAGCACCUGGUACCUGGUGUGUGACCGCUGUAGGGAGAAAUACCUGAGAGAGAAGCAGACAGCAGCCAGAGAAAAGGUGAAGCAGUCAAGAAAGAAACCUCUGCAGGUCAAGACUCCAAGAGCACUGCCCACGAUGGAGGCCCACCAGGUGAUUCGAGCCAACGCUCUGUUCCUGCUGUCUCUCAGCAGUGCAGCUGAGCCCAGCCUGCUAUGCCACCACCCUCCCCGACCCCUCCACCCUCAGCUGCUGCCCAGCCUGAAGGAGGGUGUGUCAGAGGAAAUCCCCAGUAAAAUGGGCUGCCUCUACCUACAGACACUAGCAAGGCAACACACUGAGAACUUUGGAGCCUACCAAGAUGACAACCUCUUCCAAGAUGAGAUGAGGUAUUUGCGCUCAACAUCUGUCCCUGCGCCCUACAUUUCAGUCACACCUGAUGCCUGCCCCAAUGUGUUUGAGGAACCAGAGAGCAACAUGAAGUCAAUGCCCCCCAGUCUCGAAACCAGUCCAAUCACAGACAGCGACACUGCAAAGCGCACUGUGUUCCAGAGAUCUUACUCGGUCGUAGCAUCCGAGUACGACAAGCAGCACUCGCCGUCUCCAGCCCGUGUUAAAGCCGUGCCCAGACGGAGGGUUCACAGUGGCGAUGCAGAAGUGGGUUCUUCUCUGUUACGCCACCCGUCUCCUGAGCUGUCCCGGUUGAUCUCAGCUCACGGCUCCCUCAGUAAGGGCGAGAGGAACUUUCAGUGGCCCGUUCUGGCUUUUGUCAUCCAGCACCAUGACCUUGAAGGCCUGGAGGUGGCCAUGAAGCAUGCACUGAGAAAGUCUGCCUGCAGGGUGUUUGCCAUGGAGGCCUUCAACUGGCUCCUGUGCAAUGUGAUCCAGACCACGUCUCUGCAUGACAUUCUUUGGCAUUUUGUGGCAUCUCUCACCCCGUCGCCCUGCGAGCCCGAGGAUGAGGAAGAUGAAGAGAACAAGGGGAACAAAGAGAACUUAGAACAAGAAAGAGAUCUUGGUGUUUGUGAACACCCUCUGUCAGACAUUGUGAUAGCUGGAGAAGCUGCUCAUCCUCUUCCUCACACCUUCCACCGCCUCCUGCAGACGAUCUCUGACCUCAUGAUGUCACUUCCCAGUGGCAGUGCACUACAGCAAAUGGCACUUAGGUGCUGGAGUCUCAAGUUCAAACAGUCCGACCAUCAGUUCCUCCAUCAGAGCAACGUUUUCCAUCACAUCAACAAUAUUCUGUCCAAGUCGGACGAUGGAGACAGCGAGGAGAGCUUUAACAUCAGCGUGCAGUCGGGCUACGAAGCCCUGAGCCAGGAUCUCUGCCUGGUCACCUGUUUGAAGGACCUGACCAGCGUGGUGGACUUCAAGACAUCGAGUCGGCCUGCUAUGAUCGGCAGCCUAACGGACGGCUCCACCGAGACAUUCUGGGAGUCUGGAGACGAGGACAAGAACAAAACCAAAAGCAUCACCAUUAGCUGUGUGAAGGGCAUAAAUGCCACCAAGGUGUCUGUCCACGUGGACAACUCCAGAGACAUCGGGAAUAAAGUUACAUCUGUGACGUUCCUUUGUGGAAAGGCUAUAGAGGACCUUUGCAGAAUAAAGCAGGUGGACCUCGACUCGCGUCACAUGGGCUGGGUGACUAGUGAGCUUCCUGGAGGGGAUUAUCAUGUGAUCAAAGUGGAGCUGAAAGGUCCAGAGAACACCCUGAGGGUGCGCCAGGUAAAGGUUCUUGGUUGGAAAGAGGGGGACAGCAUCAAGAUACUUGGACAAAUCUCCGCCGGCAUGGCUCAGCAGAAAAACUGUGAAGCCGAGACUCUCCGAGUUUUCCGUCUCAUCACCUCACAGGUAUUUGGAAAACUAAUCUGUGGAGAUGCGGAGCCAACUCCAGAGCAGGAAGAGAAAAACUUGCUGUCAUCUCCAGAAGGAGAGGACAAGGUUCCAUCUGAUGCAGACCUCAAGGAGCACAUGGUGGGAAUCAUUUUCAGCAGGAGCAAACUAACCAACCUGCAGAAACAGGUGUGUGCACACAUUGUUCAGGCCAUUCGCAUGGAGGCCACUCGCGUGAGGGAGGAGUGGGAGCACGCCAUCUCGAGCAAAGAAAACGCCAACUCUCAGCCAAGCGAUGACGACGCCUCCUCAGACGCCUACUGCUUUGAGCUCCUCUCCAUGGUUUUGGCUCUGAGUGGCUCUAAUGUGGGCCGGCAGUACUUAGCCCAGCAGCUCACACUCAUGCAGGACCUGUUCUCCCUUCUGCACACGGCUUCUCCAAGAGUACAGAGACAGGUAACAUCAUUGCUGAGGCGCGUGUUACCAGAGGUGACCCCGGUGCGACUUGCCAGCAUAAUCGGGGUGAAGGCUCUACCCCCGGCAGACAUCAGUGACAUCAUUCACUCCACGGAGAAAGGUGACUGGAACAAACUUGGCAUCCUUGACAUGUUCCUGGGCUGCAUCGCCAAAGCCCUCACCGUGCAGCUGAAAGCCAAAGGCUCCACCAUCUCCGGCACAGGUGGCACGGUUGCAGGGAAGGGCGUCACAACAGUCACGCUGCCCAUGAUCUUCAACUCCAGCUACAUCCGUAGAGGUGAGAGCCACUGGUGGAUGAAAGGCUCCACACCUCCACAGAUCGCUGAAAUCAUCAUAAAGCUGAUCAAAGACAUGGCAGCUGGUCACCUUUCGGAUGCCUGGUCCAGAAUCACCAAAAAUGCGAUCGCUGAGACCAUCAUAGCCCUCACCAAGAUGGAGGAGGAGCAUCGGUCUCCUGUUCGCUGUAUUGCAACAACGAGGCUGUGGCUGGCCUUGGCAUCACUGUGUGUGCUGGACCAGGACCACGUAGACAGGCUGUCCUCUGGUCGCUGGAUGGGCAAAGACGGGCAGCAGAAGCAGAUGCCCAUGUGUGACAAUCACGAUGACGGGGAGACAGCAGCCAUCAUCUUGUGUAACGUGUGUGGCAACCUUUGUACCGACUGUGAUCGUUUUCUCCAUCUGCACCGACGCACUCGCUCUCACCAGAGACAGGUUUUUAAGGAGGAAGAGGAGGCCAUAAAGGUGGAUCUCCAUGAAGGCUGUGGGAGGACCAAGCUUUUCUGGCUCAUGGCUCUGGCUGACUCAAAGACGAUGAAGGCCAUGGUGGAGUUCAGAGAGCACACAGGUAAACCAACAUCCAGCAGCUCGGACGCCUGCAGGUUCUGUGGUACGAGGAACGGCACCGAGUUGUCUGCAGUGGGUAGUGUCUGCUCAGACCCAGACUGUCAGGAGUACGCUAAGCUAGCCUGCAGUAAGACACACCCUUGUGGACAUCCGUGUGGAGGGGUGAAGAAUGAGGACAGCUGUCUGCCAUGUCUGCACGGCUGUGAUAAGAACACCGGCUGUCUAAAGCAGGAUGCGGACGACAUGUGUAUGAUCUGCUUCACAGAGGCGCUCUCUGCUGCUCCUGCAGUUCAGCUGGACUGCACUCACGUGUUUCACCUUCAGUGCACUCGGCGUGUUCUUGAAAACCGCUGGCUUGGGCCCAGAAUCACAUUUGGCUUCAUGUUGUGUCCAAUUUGCAAGCCGGACCUUUCUGAGCACUGGCUGGUCUGUUUGCAGAACAAGAUCAACCACUCUGUGAUCAAAGACCUCCUCGACCCAAUUAAGGAGCUGUAUGAGGACGUGAGGAGGAAGGCUCUGAUGAGACUGGAGUACGAAGGCCUGCACAAGAGCGAGGCCAUAACUACACCAGGAGCACGCUUCCACAACGACCCCGCAGGCUUUGCCAUGAACAGAUAUGCAUAUUACGUUUGCUACAAGUGCAAAAAGGCAUAUUUUGGGGGAGAGGCUCGAUGCGAUGCCGAGGCAGGGCAGGGGGAUGACUAUGACCCCAGUGAACUGAUCUGUGGAGCAUGUUCAGAUGUCUCCAGGGCUCAGAUGUGUUCCAAGCAUGGCACCGACUUCCUGGAGUAUAAAUGCCGGUACUGCUGCUCCGUGGCUGUUUUCUUUUGCUUUGGCACCACACACUUUUGCAACGCCUGCCAUGAUGACUUCCAGAGGAUGACAAGCGUCCCCAAGGAGGAGCUGCCCCACUGUCCCGCAGGGCCCAAGGGCAAGCAGCUGGAGGGCACAGAGUGCCCUUUGCAUGUCGUCCACCCACCAACAGGCGAGGAGUUUGCUUUAGGCUGUGGAGUUUGCAGAAAUGCUCACACCUUCUAGUCUGCAGGAGGCUUUUACUGGGAACCAGGUAGUCCACUGUGAUUUCUGGCAGCUGCUGCGGCUGAAGCUCAGCAGUGAAGCUUAGCUCUAGCAUCAAGUCUCCCGGACGAUGAACCAGGUCUCUGCUCUUGGCGAAGAGUCCACAGGUCUGCUCUUCUACCAACAACGCCAUCCACAUGAAGCUGUAGCUCCUUUGGAUUCAGAGUGACCUUGAAUGAAGAACAAGAAGAAGAAGAAGAAAAAAAACUUGUGACGCAUUUGCAUGCGGCCGUUGAAUUCCCUCGGCUUCUAUUGACGUUGCACACCUCCAGAUCACCAGACUGUAAAAAUACAAAAGUAAUCAUAGAAUAAAAAAAAUACGUUUGCAUAAAGGCAACCAUGGAUGAGUGUGGGUUUAAAAAAUGAAAAGAGAAAAAGAAAUGGGCCAUAUUUCCAGCUUCCUGAGUAUAAAUUUAAAAUAUUAUUGUAUGUAUACUUUUUUCGUAUUCUUGUACAGUAUUCUUCACUGUCGAGUGCAUCAUGGUCGAUGGACAAAAAGAAAACAGAUGAGCUGGUUGAUGAGACUGUUAAGAUUAUUACUUUUGGCAGGAGACCGUGUAUGAUUUAUCUGAUCUUGUACAUAGCGAUACUAUUCAAAGUACCCGUAUUCUGCUCUCUUCACUUCACUUUCGUUUGGAAUAUUCUGGGUUUUGUUUUGAGCCAGAACUUUUAAUGAAGUGCAAUACUGGGUGUGCCUCCUAUUCUGCAGCUGUUUAAUCAUGGAAUGUAUGUCAAAUAAAGCUACUGUACGUUUUUAUACAGUAAACGGUCAUUUCUGUCCUCCUCUUCUAAAUGUUAUCUCUUCAGUUGUCUGGAAACAAGGAGGGGGUGCCUGGCACAUGCAGUGAAACAUAGUAGAUGUAAAUUCUAUUUGCAGCGUUGAUGAGUUAAAUAAAAAACACCAAAAUCUUACAGGAAUAAAGAAAAAAAAGGCUAUGAAAAGGAGUGAUUACAGCUGAUUUGAGGGGCCAGUCUUUACACCAAAUAAGUGUGCAUCUGUAAUGCUUUUUUUCCUAUUAUGAGGCAAAGAAACUGGGGGGUGGGCUGGGGUGGGGGGUAAAAAAAGCAGCUGCUGUUAAAUAAAAAGCUUAAUACUUGUGAAUCUGCUCUGUAAUAUCUGUGGUGGAUGGAGUUGAAUGGUAAUAAAACCAGAUUCAUUGUUUCACAAAGUA